ACUGUAUAAGGUGGAAAAUAUCAAAUAAAUUACAAUUACCGCCAAAUAAUGAUGGCGAGCAAGAUUAAACAUGGCGCUUCGCUUAGUUUGAACUUCAGCCAUUUUUCUUCAAACAUGGUAAAUAAACAAAGUGUUCACGACCGGCUUUGGAAAAGUUUAGAUCAACCGAUUGUUCAUAAUUACGAAUAUUUAAAUGCAACUUUAGAGUUCACGAUGUAUAUUUUUAUGAAAAGACGAGAAUAAAUGUUAAUUUUUAUGGAGUGUUCAUAACUGAUAAUUACGGAAUAACAAGCCAUGGCAGAAGUUAAGAGGAUGUCACUGCAAAGUGUUGAUGGGAGUCAAACCUCAAAAUCUGCCAAGGAUAAGAAACAAAUAGCACCAUCAGUGCGCUUUGAGAUAACUCUCCCAGACUCGAACAAUGAAAAUUAUCCAGAGGUAAACUAUGCUGAAUUACUAAAAAAUGCUGAGAAAAAACAGCGCAAGGAGAAAAAGAAAACUGAUAACGGGGCUACAAAUGGGACAAAUCCAUUUGGAGACAUGGACAGUAAUGACAAAGUAGAGCUAGACAUAGCUAGAUAUUUUGAGUCAAAAUAUGGCAAUCGAAAGAGAAAGAAUUAUGGUGACUUAGGAGCUGGUUAUGAUGAGAGUGAUCCAUUCAUAGACAAUACAGAUGCUUAUGACGAAGAGGUACCUGAAGAGGUAACCACAGUCCAUGGAGGGUUUUACAUAAACAGUGGUCUUCUUGAAUUUAAAGGCAAUGAUAAAGCUAAUGUAAAUUCUAAGAGUUUGAGAAAGGACAGUGGAAGUGAAAGUGAAGAAAAUUCUAAGGAUGAAAAUAAUAAAUUUGAGAGCUAUAAACAUGACCCGAAAGAGACUAAAAAACCAGAUAAAAAAAGAGUUUUGAGCUCUUCGGAUGAUGAGAAAAACGAGACUGUCAAACAAAAAUCUAAGUCGCAGAAGAUCGAGGCCGUGAACAACGUUGGCGACCGAUGAACAACGAUAAAUUAGCAGCCUAGUCUUACGACAGAAAAAAUAAUAUUAGUUGUAGCAUAUAUUCUUGUAUGCAUUUGUCAACUAGCUACAUACACACAGACACACACACACAUCGUGUAUUAUACCUAUGGAUUGAACUAUACAUACUAUAUUUACGAACCAUGCUUACGAUUAUUAGGUGUACAGAUGAUCGUUCUUAUACUCUGAAAUUAUGUGUGUGUGUAUGGGUGUGUAUGUAUACUAUAUACCAUAGAAUAAAUUUGUAUCUUUUUGCCGACAAUAAAGAGGCAAAAAUGUAGUAGA